UUCACGGAGGCUUUUCUUUAGAGGGUCUGUCUCUCCCGGGGUGCGAGUUCCAAGUCUGGACUAGCGGAGGGAAGGAGCUGCUCUGCGGGACAAAAGCCGCCGCUUCUCGGUCUCUAACCGCGGGAACUAGCUGCUCUUGGCGCUGGAUUAGGACGAGGCGCGUGGUUUUCCUUUUUCUUUUUCCUUUGCUUUAGAAGAAGCCGACGUCCACCGAGACAAUGGGAUCCCAGUCAUCCAAGGGGGAGGUGUCCGCCGAGGCCGGCGCCGCCGCAGCAGCGGACGCCGCGGCGGUCAAGACCAACGGACAGGAGAACGGGCAUGUGAAAACCAACGGCGAUGUCUCCUCAAAGGCUGACGGAGAUGCCGCCGCCACCAACGGCUCAGCUGAAGCUGCCAAGGAGCCCGAGGCCGGAGCAGGCGGGGACGCCAUUGAGCCGGCCCCCGCCGCAGACGGGGAAGCCACCAAACCCGAAGGCGAGGCUGCGGCAAAGGAAACCCCCAAGAAGAAAAAGAAGAAGUUCUCCCUGAAGAAGUCCUUCAACAUUAAGCUCAAUUUGAAGAAGAGCAAGAAAAGUGAGGUGGUGAAAGAGGAAGGUGCUGCCGCCGCUGCCCCCUCCGAGGAAAAACCUGCUGAGAACGGAGCUGCGGCCCCUGCUGAGGAGAAGAAGGAGGAAGUGAAAGAGGAGGAUGCUGCGGCUGCAGCUGAGGCUCCAAAGGCAGAAGAGGGGCCAGCGAAAGAGGAGACCCCCAAGGAGGAGGCUAAGGAGGCAGCUGCUCCGGCCCCCGAGGCCACGAAACCAGCAGAAGAGAGCAGCUCGACCCCCGCCUCCUCUGAAAAGAAAGAGUGAUUGUACUCCUGCUCACAGCGAACUGGCUGAACUGUUUUUCAAGAAAGAGAGAGAGAGAUUCUAAGAGUAUAUAUAUAUUUAUAUAUAUAUGUGUAUAUGUAUACAUAUGUAUAUGGAUAUAUGUAUAUGUAAAUAUAUACACAUGUAUGUGAAAGACUCUGUGCCACUUUUCGUCAUGAUUCCGGACGACAGACUCGACUCACUCCAUCACUUCCCUGGUUCCGGCUCGGCAUCUGGACGGGUUGCAGGCGGUGGGACGGUCAGCGUGCGGAUUCUAACACCCCAUGAGGUGAAGCAGGGUGGAGUUCAAACAUCUUCUCCCUAAAGCAGCUGAUCUAGAUGCCCCUCCAAAGGAAUGGUGGGAUUAGGACACCUCCUCCUCCUGAAAUGACUGCUAAAAGAAAAAAAAAUCCAAAAGUAAAGAGACUUGCCAACUUUUUACAUUCCUAUAUUUUAACCCAAAUAUAAAGUAUUUUGUGGUGUAUUAUAGAGAACCAUCUUAAAAGAUUCAGACAAACUGUCUCGUUUGUUGAAAUACAAAAAAUAAAGGGUUUUGAUUUUUACCUUACUUUAAAAGAAGAACACUUAAGCUUGCUAUGUUCACUGUUGCGGUUUGAUAUGAAGCAGGGUUGUUUGUGUGUCUUGUGUGAGCCUGAAUCUGCUUUGUCUCUGUAAAUACGUUGGAUUGAUUUCUGUUCUUUAUUUUGCUAAUGUUGACAGAUGUUACUGGUUUUAUUGUAAAGUUCAUAAUGGUAAAUAAAUGUUGGUUACCUGG